CCCAGUCAUUCCUGCAGCCUUUGAAGUUGCAGCCUUCACGGAUCCCCUGUGUGUAGCAUCUGUCAUUAGCACAGGACCAGAUCCUGGCCAGGUCUCCCUUGCUGUGGGGAUGGUGAACAGGAACCCCUGGGUGCAUUCUGAUGUCAGUCUAGAAGGAUCCCAUUGUAUUUAGGAGGAGGGGAAGUAGGAGGGAGGAUUUUCCUUUUUUGCUUCCCAGAUGCGUUCCUUGCUGGACCCGAACAAGAAGACAGCAGGGCUGGAUGUGGCUUUGGGGCUGGCUCCCCGCCUGCAGCACAGGAUGUUCAGCUGUGUGUCCUGUUUCUGGGUGCUGCUCUCUGCCUGUCUGGUGGCUGUGUGCAGCUUCAGCUUCCUCUCUCCCUCCUGGAUCGUGAAGUCCGCCAGUGCUGACGGACAGGAGCCUGUGAGCUUUGGGUUACUCUGGCAUUGCUCUGAGAGCUUGGAACAGAUCUCCAGCUGUUACACCUUCGGAGGGUUGGCCAGAUUCAACGACAUUCCGUCCAGCUCCUGGCAGACAAGUGCUGUUCUGUGCUCUGGAGGUUUUGCGCUUCUGGUAAUUAGCUGCUUGCUCGCUAUUGUCACCUUGUUUCUACGCAAUGGGCUCUGCCAGAGAAGACUCUGCACCCUUGCAGGAUAUAUGCAGACUGCUGCAGUGUUCAUCAUGGCUUCUGGACUUCUGGUAUAUCCCUUUGGCCUCAACUCUACUACUGUGAAAAAAUACUGUGAGGACUCAAGCAUAUACUAUGCAGGAGACUGUCAAAUUGGAUGGGGUUACAUGCUUGCUAUUGUUGGGGUCAUGCUGUCUGUAUUUUUGCCAUUUUUUGCAAAAUAUGCCCCCAAAGAACACCCUACCCCAACUCCUAUUCCCACUAUAUUAUAGUUUUUAUUUAUUUAUGAUUUUUGCAAAAUAACAUAUAUGCCUUGGAAUUGGCAAGCAGAUGGUAUUAGAACACUUCUUUACAACUAUAUGGGUCAACCUUACAAAGACCAAAAGCCAGUUAUUAGUCUUCCUACAACAUUAAACUAAACAUCUGGGAAUGAAAUGAUAUUACUUGAUUUAAUGUUCAUAAGCAUUUCUUUUUAUAUCUGUUCAGUUUAAGAUCUCUACCUCCAAAACCAUCUCCUUAAAUGAAGAAUGACAAUUUGUGAGAUAAAUGUGCAGAAAUAUUUUAUACCAUUAACAACUACUUCAAUGUAAACAAAUAUAUGUAUGGUACAGAUGUGCUGCAUUACUUGUAUACAAAUGUAUCAUAUGGUGAAUUGGAUAAGUGAGAAAAGACCAUAAAAUGCAGUUAGUAAAAGCUGCUAACAGUUUGGCUCAAACAACAUAUUUAUUUUCUUAAUAAGCACUGUCUCAUAAUCAUAAAUGUACUGGAAAUGUUAAUAGAUUUAUUUUACCAAUAUCAUACAUUCUCAAUCAUGCAUACAGUUUGCUUAUUUAUGUAUAUAUAAACUAAUUGCAGUAUAGCAUUUUUUUGUUUCAUUCUUUUCAGAGUUUUUCACUAACUAAUGUUGCACAAAAGAACAGUUUUGGCACACAAAACUAUAUUGUAUUAUGAAGAAAAAACGAAGACAAUAUGUUUAGCUGAAUGGUAUGGUUACUUUGCUAAUAUUAUAUUUAUUGACAUUUUACACUCAGGUCAUGUAAACAUUUCUUUUUAAUCUUGAUCAAAACAAUAAGAAUGUGGAGAAAACUAUUCCGUUCUACUAGAAGGAUGAGAUAUUCACCAGAUUAAGCCAUUCUGACCAGUAAUAGGUUAAUGUCAGAAAAUGCUGAUAAGAGCACUAACAUAUUAACAAAUAACGUGUUGAACAGCAUUAUCAGAAAAAAAUAACUAACUCAGCACUAAUAAAGUGUAUUUCAAAGAGACCCUGUGAGCUGUAGCAGUUAACAUUUUAUUGUCACCUAGUUUUUUUAACAUGGCGAGGAAAAUAAAUAUGAAAAUUGUAAACUUAAGGUUCUUAUCUGUGGAUUAGUUAACAAUAUAGAGUAAAUAAAAAAGGAUGUAUUAUCUUAUUUAUGGUCAUGGAGGUCAAGAAUCUUAAAUACCAAUCAUUUUGUAUGCUAUUAACCUUAAUAAAAAAAAACACAUUCAUUUCUUAAGGGGUUCACAAAAAUAUACAGAUAAUCUCUAAAAAAAAUCUUCUUAAAUGAUGGACAGUUUCUACAAAGAAACAAUUACAUUAAAAUCACAUCAGUAGAGGCAUAAUGUAUUUUGUAUCUAUGAUACCAAAAACAUCUGAAAAAAAGAACCCAAAUUAAAUGUUGUACUUUUUUGUAAUAUGGAAAUGAGCUAUCAGCUGCCAUUGUUAUUAAAAUAUAACCCUAAACAGUAA